CCAAUGGUCUUUGUCAACCAGGAAAAGAUAACAGAAAUGCAAGUUUUUAUGCAGAAGACAUGAUACGCACAGUGAGGCAGGCAGAGCAGACGCUCUGCUUCGUUUGUGGCAAUUCGGGGGCCACCAUCACCUGCGCAGAGUCAGGCUGUCACCACAGCUUCCAUCUCCCCUGCGCCUUGGAGGGUCAGUGUGUCACCCAGUACAUUGGAGAGUUCAGGUCCUUCUGCUGGGAGCACCGCCCGCAGCAGGCAGUGGAGGCAGCGCCGGCGCAGGACACGACCUGCAUCAUCUGCAUGGAGCCCGUGGGGGACAGCAGGUCGUACAGCACCAUGGUGUGCCCAUCCUGCCAACACUCGUGGUUCCACCGGGCCUGCAUCCAGGAACAGGCCAUGCGUGCUGGUAUCUAUUGCUUCCAGUGCCCCCUCUGCAGAGACAGGGACUGGUUUAUUCCAGAUAUGCUCACUAUGGGGAUCCGAAUCCCAUUCAGAAGACCAACAUGGGAGGACAACAAUGCCUAUGCAUCACUGGGAGUUCGACACCAGCGCUGCGAUGCCAGCAACUGCCUUUACCCACAUGGCAGGGAGCAGGCAGAGAGAGAGGGGCCCUGGCAGCUGCUCCUCUGCAGCUCCUGUGCUGCACAAGGGACCCAUCGCUGCUGCUCCAACCUGAGUCAGAGCACCACCAGCUGGGAGUGCAACACCUGUGCUGGAGAGGGCACCGCCUCCAGCACCAAUUUGGACAGCGCUGGCCCCAACACCGCCAGCCAGCAGGGACUGGAGCCAGCCCCAGUCUCUGCGGGACAGGAGAGCAGCAGCUCCGGCACCACCAGCCAGGCACCAUCGGGGCCAGAUCGCAGAUCCCAGGUGCCUGAGAGCAGCAUGUCCAGGCAGCCAGGGCGAGCCCAGACUCGAAGCCGCUCGCCUCUCAAACGUCAGGCUGCAGAGACCCGCAGCCAGCCCCGAAGACGCUGCAGGAGCCGGUCCAGCCGGCGAGGGCCAGCCCAGGGGCGAAGCCGCUCCCGGGUACCACGACGGGCCCGGAACAUCAACAGCCGGCCCCAGUGA